AUGGUGAAAAGCAUCAACGUUCGAAGCUUAACGGGAUGGUCUGCCAAGUUGGAGGUCGAGCGCGAUGGCGAUACCGUCGCGGACUUACGAAGAAAGGUCACGGCGCUCAAUCCUCAGCUUUCCCGGUUCAAAAUCUUUUGCAGGGGAGCGACAGUAACGGACUCCACCCCGCUCUCAUCGCUGGAACUGGGACCCCACGAUUUCCUGAUUAGCGAGCCGUCAGAACUCCUCGCCUUCAGCGCCGACCAGCCUGUGCCGUACGCUGGCGAGGGCCUUAUCACCCUGCUCCCCGGCUACGCGUCCCGACCGAACCGCACUCCCACCAAGCCCCGCGCACCCUUCCCCCCGCUGGAGCGUCCGCCGCAGACGCCAUUUGCGCCUCUGCUGCAGGGCCAGGAGCAGGGCCAGGAGCAGCAGGGGCAAAGGCAAGGACAGGGCCAGCCAGGGACCCCGCCAGGGCGGGUGCCGGCAGCCGCAGCAGCACCGCCACCAUGUGGGAGCCAUGGUCCUCAAUACCCCGCUGGGCAUUCCGUACACCCGCACCCGCACAGGGACAGGGACAGGGACAGGGACAGGGGUCUAACUGGGGAGGGCGGAGCGGGGUACCUGGGGGUAGACCGGUCGCCGGGAGCCACGGGAAAACCGCAAGAAGUGCUACAGCCGCUACAGCCGCAACCGCAGCCAUCUGGUAGGGGUCAUCAGACGUCAGCCGCCCGUGCGGGGACCCGGAGGCCCCAGAGGGGGGUCACGGCAGCGCCGCCGCUACUGCACGACGACCUGUUUGCGGAGCUGAAGGCGGAGCUGGAAGCCGCCCCGCUGCCAAGGACGGGUAGGGCAGGCCCGGCGGCGGCGGAGGCAGAGCCAGGAGUGGCGGGGGUGGCGGCGGCGGACGGGAGCUUUGGGAGAGGGGAUGGCGAGCGGGGCGGCGACAGGAACAACGGCGAUGACAAUGGCAACGGCGCUCUUGCGCGUCGCUGCUACGCCGUUGAGGUACCGGAGCGGCCGCAGCGGCAGCGGCAGCGGCAGCGGCAGCGGCGGAGCCUCUCCGAAGCACGCGACGAGACGCGGGAAGGGAGGACGCCCAAGCGGAAGCGACGCGACAUGCCGACAGACGUGGUGCCGGCGCCGGCGGCUCAACAUGCGGAACAGGAAGCCCCCGCCGCCGCCGCCGCCGCCGUCGCCGUCGCAGCCCGCUUACCGGGUGUUCCGGACACUACCACAGGGGGACCCUGCGUUGGCGGCGGUAGCGGCGGCAGCCGCCACCGGCCGAAGGUGUCGUACCCCCGUUCCGGUCCGCAGUUCGAUCGCGCCGUGGCGGACUGUGUGCUGCCGCUGCCCCCCGCCCUGGAGAGACUUGAGCGCAUUUUCGAGUGCCUCAACCCGCUGUAUACGUUCCUGCUUGGCCAGCAGGUGCAGAUGACGUGGCACAACAUGCGUGAGGCCCUGCAGCGGCAGCUGCCGCACCUCCAAGUGGCCCUGGGAGACAUCUUGUUAGCCGCAGAUCUGGUGCCCGAGGUGCUGCUGCUGGUCACGCGGGUAGGGGCCACCCGCAGGACGGGGGCUGCGGCGGCGCCAGCCAGUGCCGCCGGCGGCAGCACCAGCGGCGCCAUUUACGACGACGGCGGCGGCGGCGGAGGAGGAGGCCGCGUCCAUCACACGCUGCUGGCGGCUCAGGGCUGGCGGCAGGACUGCCUGGCGGACCGAGCCGUACAGCUGGAUAAGCAGCUGACGGAGCCGACGACGGCGGAGCCAUCGGCAGGGCAGGAAGACGGUGGUAGCGGUACGACAACGGUGUACGGCAGCGGCGUUGUUACGGUGGAGCUGAUAGAUCCGGGCAGUGCACAUGCGCCCUGUCGCUUCGUGUGCGUGUGCGGCGCCCUCAGGAUUCCCCCGCACAUCCCCGCCGUUGUCCUGGAGGCGGGCAGGAGGCUGCGCUUCGCCACCAACGUUUUAACCAGGCGCCAGGCUGCCUUCCGCCGCGGACUGGUCUCCGUGGCGGCGGAGUCCACAUCCGCCGCCUGGGACCCCAUCUCCCGCCGCACCUGGCACCCGGUGUUCCGGGGCGAGCUGCUGCGGCGACGGGACGCCUUCUCGGAACAGCAGCUCCGCUCCGCAGCGGCCCGGGUACGUGUGCGGCGGGCGCUGCUGGCGGGAGCGAGUGCUGGUACGGCGGGCGGUGGCGGCAGCGGCGGCGGCGGCGACGACGGCGGAGGGUUUGGGCCACGUGCCGGUGCGGCGCCACGGCCACCCAGCUUGCUGAAGCAGUACGAGCCCUGUACGGCAACGAAUCCACUGACGUCCCUGGAGUUGUUGAAUCACCUUCAGGAGCUGCCCUGGUAUCAGGGACAGGUGGUUCAUGUGGAGGUCAUCCCCGGCCGCCCCGCCGCCACCGCCCCCCCCGCCGCCCCCCUGUCCCCCCCCGUGCUGCGGGGCCUGCAGUCCCUGGGCAUACCGGGGGGCCGGCUGUACACACACCAGGCGGAUGCGGUUGAUGCCCUCCUGGGUGGCAAGUCGCUGUGCUACCUGGUACCCAUGUUGCAGGCUAUGUGCGACGACCCGGACACGUGCGCGCUGCUCAUGUUCCCCACCAAGGCCCUGGCGCAGGACCAGCUGAGGGUGAUCCGGGAGCUCGUGGAGGCGGCGUUCGGGGGCCUUACGGGAGCUGGGGUGCCCGCGGUGGAGGUGUACGACGGCGACACGCCCAUGUCGGAGCGUACUGACAUCCGGCUGCGUGCCCAAGUGAUUCUCACCAACCCCGACAUGCUGCACGUCACCCUCCUGCCGUCACAUCGCCAGUUCGCCCGCCUGCUGGCAAAGCUGGCCGUGGUGGUGGUGGACGAGGGACAUGCAUACAGCGGCGUGUUCGGAUGCCACACGGCCAUGGUGCUGCGGCGCCUGCGGCGUCUCUGCAGCUGCGUCUACGGCUCCGACCCACGGUUCGUUGUCACCAGCGCCACGGUGGCGAAUCCGCUGCAGAUGGCGGCGCGGUUGGUGGGCGUUAGCGAGGAUGACGUGGCGCUUGUGGGUCCGGAGCGUAACGGCUCACCGUGUGCGUUACGGCGCUUUGUGCUUUGGAACCCGCCGUUGACGGCACGGGCGGUACGGGCAGCGGCGGCGACGGCGGCGACGAGGGGUAAUGGGCUUAUGAGUCGUACGGAGGCGCGCGCGGCGGGGCGGAUAACUCGAAAGGCGGAGCGAGCGCGGCAGCGGAAGUUGCUGCAGGAGGCGAGAGCUGCUCGCGCGCGUGCGUCGCAGCUGGCGGCAGAGCGGCUAGCUGGCGGCGGCGGCGUUGGAGGGAAUAUUGAGGUUAAGGAGGAAGAGGUACGGCAGCGGCAAGUGGGGCCUUUGUGGGACGCUGUACGGCAGGAGGCAGGCCGUCGGCGGAAGCGGAAACCCGUUCCGUUGCCGCGCUCUCCGCCGGGGGAAGGGAGGUCCAGGGGUGGGAAGCAGCGGCCGUGGGUGGCGGAGGCGGCUGCGGGUGACGUGGCGGCCGUGGCGGCACAGGCGCGUGCUGCGCUGAGUGCCGCUGCUGACGUCAACAGCAGCGGUGGCGGCGGCGGCGGCGGCGGCGGCCGCCGGCUCCCUCAGUUACCCUCCCUGGCUACCUCCCCCGCCAGCCGUCUUGCCGCUACCGCUGCGCCACCGGGGGCCCCGGCGGCGGCUCCACCGCCGCCCCCCUCUCGCCCUGUGAUCGUCCGCACGAGCGGUCUCUCCGCCGCCGCUGCCGCACUGGGCCUGCAGCCGCCGGCAGCCGCCGCCGCCGCCGCCGCCGACUCCGCCGUCGUCCGUCAGCUGCUGGCGCAGCUGCCAGGUCCUGAGUGGAAGGAGCACCACGGUGCCGCGGGCACCCCCCUGGAGCAGCAGCGCGAGAGCCCCAUAGUGGAGGUGGCGCUGCUGCUGGCGGAGUGUGUACAACACGGCCUACGAACCAUCGCCUUCUGUAAGAGCCGCAAGCUGUGCGAGCUGGUGACGGCCUACACCAGGGAAAUCCUGGCGGCGUGUGCGCCGGAAUAUACGGAGCGAGUGAAGGUGUACCGUGCCGGCUACAGCCCCUCCGAGCGGCGGGCCAUGGAAGCCGACCUGCACAGCGGCCGGCUGUUGGCCCUGGCCGCCACCAACGCCCUGGAGCUGGGGGUGGACGUGGGGGGCCUGGACGUAACACUUCACCUCGGUUUCCCCGGCAGUGUGGCCUCCCUCUGGCAGCAGGCGGGUCGGGCGGGGCGGCGGGAGCGGGACAGUGUCAGUGUGCUUGUGGCGUUUGACGGCCCCCUAGACCAGCACCUGGUACGGCACCCGGAGCAGCUGUUCGGGAGGCCGGUGGAGAGCGUGCAGGUUGAUGUGAACCAGCCAGAUGUACUGCAGCAGCACCUGCUGUGCGCCGCUCUGGAGCACCCCCUGCUGCUGCAGCAGGACCUGCCCCUCUUCGGACACAACAUGCCGCUUGCCGUACAGCAACUGAUCUCCAACUGCCUCCUAUCGUCCCGCCUCCCUCCGCCACUCCAUCCCCACGCCCCCCGGCGGUUAGAGGACCACUACCAUCCCGACCUCCCCCUUCAGCCCCCCGGGUGCUCCGCCCCUCUGGUGUACUGCGGCCCUCACGACCAGCCCGCCGCCGCAGUGAGCCUCCGCGCCAUUGACCCGGAGCGGUUCGUGAUAUGGGAUGAGGGCAGCGGGGUGGCGCUGGAGGAGAUUGAGGCCAGUACGGCAUUUUACCAGGUGAGGAGCCAUCUUGCCCUCUGCCACGUUAUCCUCCACACCUUCUCUAACUGCCCUUCGGCCCGGGCGGCGAUGGCGCACCGCCACCUCGAACGUGUCGUACGAUGUACAAUUAUUGUGCAGGUGUACGACGGUGCCGUAUACUUGUUCCAAGGUCGGCCGUACUUGUGUCGUCAGCUCAAUCUCGGUGAGCGGGUGGCCCUGGUACGGCGGGCGGAUGUCAAGUACUACACCAAGAUCCGCGACUUCACGGAUGUGCACGUUACGGGUGGCCGUGUUGCCUACCCCGCCUCCUCCGCCGCCGCCCCGCUCCAGCACGCGGCGGGACUACUGCCGCUGCAGCCACCCGCCGGACCCUCUGCCGCCGCCACCACCUCCACAUCCGCUGCUGUCGCGGCUGCUACUGCUGCCACCCCCCCCACCCCCACCGCCCCCACAACCGCCCGCUGUGAGAGCGCCGUGGUGGCGGUUCGCUACUUGGGCUUCCACCGCGUUUGGCAGGGGGGCAGCAACCGCGUGUUUGACUCUGUUGACCUGUUCUUGCCGGACGUCGUGUACGACACACAGAUGUUCAUCUUCCUGCACCUGCUACACCUAGCGGCCUACGUGCGGGUGCCGCCCUCAGCUCGGCGGGAGUGCGCCGCGCGGGCGCUGUCCUUCCGGGAGGGGUGCCACGGGGCCAACCACGCACUGCUCAACGUGGCACCCCUCUUCCUCACCGCCAACAUGCGGGAUCUGGCCACUGAGUGCGACAACCCGUACGACGCGCGGUACCGCAUCGAGCGAUUGCUGCUGUACGACAAGCACCGCGGCGGUAUAGGUUUGUCGGCGGCGGCAGCGCCGCUAUUUCCGGCGUUGCUAGCGCGCGCACAUCAGCUGGUUUCGGAGUGCCGUUGCCCGUACGCCAAGGGCUGUCCGCAGUGCGUACAGCACCUGGAGUGCCGUAACUACAAUGCCGUACUCAGUAAGGCGGGUGCGGAGGUGGUGUUGCGGCAUGUUUUGGAGCAGGAGCGGGCGGCCGGGGUGGUGGCGGCGGUUGGGGAGAGGCGAGGUCAGCCGGCGGCCGCGUAG